CCGGGGUCGGCGGCGAUGGCGGAGGAGAGCUCGAGUGGCAGCAGCGGCUCGCCUGGCGCCGGGGACACGCUGCCCUGGAACCUGGGCAAGCACCAGCGCUCCCAGCGCGCCAAGGCGGCCGCGGGCAACGGGACGGUGCUGGACCCCGCCGAGAGAGCCGUCAUCCGCAUCGCAGAUGAGCGAGAUCGUGUCCAGAAGAAAACCUUCACCAAAUGGGUCAACAAGCACCUUAUCAAGGCGCAGCGCCAUGUCAACGACCUGUACGAGGACCUGCGGGACGGGCACAACCUCAUCUCGCUGCUGGAGGUGCUGUCGGGUGACACCCUGCCCCGGGAGAAGGGCCGGAUGCGCUUCCACAAGCUGCAGAAUGUCCAGAUUGCCCUCAACUACCUGAAGCACCGGCAGGUGAAGCUGGUGAACAUCCGCAACGAUGACAUCGCCGACGGCAACCCCAAACUGACACUGGGGCUCAUCUGGACCAUCAUCCUGCACUUCCAGAUCUCAGACAUCCAGGUGACCGGGCAGUCGGAGGACAUGACAGCCAAGGAGAAGCUGCUGCUGUGGUCCCAGCGGAUGGUGGAGGAUUACCAGGGCCUGCGCUGCGACAACUUCACCACCAGCUGGCGGGACGGGCGCCUCUUCAACGCCAUCAUCCACCGGCACAGGCCAAUGCUGAUCGACAUGAGCCGGGUGUACCGCCAGAACAACCUGGAGAACCUGGACCAGGCCUUCACCGUGGCCGAGCGGGAACUGGGGGUGACGCGGCUGCUGGACCCCGAAGACGUGGACGUGGCGCAGCCCGACGAGAAGUCCAUCAUCACCUACGUGUCCUCGCUGUAUGACGCCAUGCCGCGCGUGCCCGAGGUGCAGGACGGCGUCAAGGCCAACGAGCUGCAGCUGCGCUGGCAGGAGUACUACGAGGUGGUGACGGGGCUGCUGCAGUGGAGCCGGCAGCACUCGGCGCUCUUCGAGGAGCGGCGCCUCCCUGCCAGCUACGAGGAGAUCGAGAUCCUCUGGCGCCAGUUCCUCAAGUUCAAGGAGACGGAGCUGCCGGCUCGGGAGGCCGACAAGAACCGCUCCAAAGCCAUCUUCCAGGCGCUGGAGGGCGCGGUGCAGUCGGGCCAGCUGAAGGUGCCCCCCGGGUACCACCCCCUGGACGUGGAGAAGGAGUGGGGGCGGCUGCACGUGGCCGUGCUGGAGCGGGAGAAGCUGCUGCGGGCUGAGUUCGAGAGGCUGGAGCGGCUGCAGCGCGUGGUCACCAAGCUGCAGAUGGAGUCGGGGCUCUGUGAGGAGCAGCUGAACCAGGCGGAUGCUCUGCUGCAGGCGGACGUGCGGCUGCUGGCGGCCGGGAAGGCGCCGCAGAAGGCGGCAGAGGUGGAGAGGGACCUGGACAAGGCGGAUGCCAUGAUCCGGCUGCUCUUCAACGACGUGCAGACCCUCAAGGACGGGCGGCACCCGCAGGGCGAGCAGAUGUACCGUCGCGUGUACCGCCUGCACGAGCGCCUGGUGUCCAUCCGCACCGAGUACAACCUGCGGCUCAAGUCGGGGGCGCCGGUGACAGCGGUGACAUCCGUGGCGGUGACAGCGGCGCAGCAGCAGCGGCGGCCGGAGCCCGACGACGCUCCCCUGCGCUACCUGCAGGAGCUGCUGGCCUGGGUGGAGGAGAACCAGCGGCGGGUGGCCACGGCCGAGUGGGGCGCCGACCUGCCCACCGUGGAGACACACCUGGGCGCCCACCGCGGGCUGCACCGUGCCAUUGAGGAGUUCCGCGCCAAGGUGGAGCGGGCACGGGCUGAUGAGAGCCAGCUGUCCCCUGGCCCCAGCGGCGCCUACCGGGAGUGCCUGGGCAAGCUGGAGCUGCAGUACGCCAAGCUGCUGAACUCCUCCAAGUCGCGGCUGCGGCACCUGGAGAGCCUCCACGGCUUCGUCAGCGCCGCCACCAAGGAGCUGCUGUGGCUGAGCGAGCGUGAGGAGGAGGAGGUGGCCUUCGACUGGAGCCACAACAACCCCGCCAUGGCGGCCAAGAAGGAGAGCUACUCGGCGCUGAUGCGGGAGCUGGAGCUGCGGGAGCGGCGGAUCCAGGAGCUGCGGACCUCGGGGGAGCGGCUGCUGCGGGAGGAGCACCCCGGGGCACAGACCCUGGAGGCGUUCCUGGCGGCGCUGCAGACCCAGUGGAGCUGGAUGCUCCAGCUCUGCUGCUGCAUCGAGACCCACCUGAAGGAGAACACCAACUACUUCCAGUUCUUUGCUGAGGUGCGGGAGGCUGAGGAGCUGCUGCGCAAGACGGAGGAGACGAUGCGGCGCAAGUUCAGCUGCGACCGCGGCACCACAGCCACGCGCCUCGAGGACCUGCUGCAGGACCUGGCGGAGCAGAAGGAGCAGCUGGCGGAGCUGGGGACGCAGCUGGGGGCUCUGUCCCGCCGUGCCAGGACCAUCGUGCAGCUGAAGCCACGCAGCCCCUCGACGCCCCUGCAGGGCCGGCCCCCCAUUCAGGCCGUCUGUGACUACAAGCAAAUGGAGGUGACCGUGCACAAGAACGACACCUGUGCCCUGGUGAACCACGCGCAGCCGCAGCAGUGGCGGGUGCUGAGCGCCGCAGGCAGCGAGGCCGUCGUGCCCUCGGUCUGCUUCCUUCUGCCACCCCCCAACAAGGAGGCUCUGGAUGCCGUGCACAGGCUGGAGGGCACCCACCAGCAGCUGCUGGGGCUGUGGCAGCAGCUGCACCAGGACCUGCGCAGCCUCCGCGCCUGGCAGUACCUGAUGCGGGACAUCCAGCAGAUCCACUCCUGGACGCAGGUCACGUUUCGCACGCUGCCGGCCGAGGAGGUGCGCCAGGUGCUGUCCAGCCUGGAGAGGCACUACCAGGAGUUCCUGCGGGACAGCCAGGACUCGCAGAGCUUCCAGCCCGACGACCGGCUGCAGGUGGAGCGCGACUACAACGCCUGCACUCACAAGUACGAGCUGCUGCUGCGGAGCCAGGAGAAAGGAGAGCAGGACGAGUCUCUGUGCAAGAGCUACAUCUCGCAGCUGAAGGACAUCCGGCUGCAGCUGGAGAGCUGCGAGAGCCGCACCGUGCACCGCCUGCGCCUGCCCCUCAAGGCCGACCCCCUGCGCGAGUGCGCCCAGCGCCAGGCGGAGCAGCAGCAAACACACCUGGAGCUGGAGGGCAUCCAGAAGAACCUGGCCAAGGUCAGCGAGAAGACAGAGCAGGUGCUGGCACAGCCGGAGCAGGCGGGCUCAGCCCCCGUACUGCGCUCCGAGCUGGAGGUCACCCUGCGCAAGAUGGAGCAGGUCUACAGCCUGUCCAGCAUCUACCUGGAGAAGCUGAAGACCAUCGGGCUGGUGAUCCGGAGCACGCAGGGGGCUGAGGAGCUGCUCCGCAAGUACGAGGAGCAGCUGAAGGACGUGCAGGCAGUGCCGGCCGACCUGGCUGAGCUGGAGGCCAGCAAGGCUGAGCUUAAGCGGCUGCGGGCACAGGCCGAGGGGCACCAGCCCUUCUUCAGCACGCUGGAGACCGACCUGGGCAAGGCCAAGGACGUCAACGAGCGGAUGGUGCGCGGGCACAGCGAGCGGGACGUGGACCUGGAGCGGUACCGGGAGCGGGUGCAGCAGCUGCUGGAGCGCUGGCAGGCCGUGCUGGGCCAGGCCGACCUGCGGCAGCGCGAGCUGGACCAGCUGGGCCGCCAGCUGGGCUACUACCGGCAGAGCUGCGACGCGCUGCGCCAGUGGAUCCGCGACGCCCGGCAGCGCCAGGAGGCCAUCCAGGCCGUGCCCAUCACCGACAGCCAGGCCGUGCGCGAGCAGCUGCUGCAGGAGAAGAAACUGCUGGAGGAAUGUGAGCAGCACAAGGAGAAGGUGGAGGAGUGCCAGCGCUAUGCCAAGCAGUAUAUCGACGCCAUCAAGGACUACGAGCUGCAGCUGGUGAGCUUCAAGGCACAGGUGGAGCCAGUGGCAUCGCCAGCCAAGAAGCCCAAAGUGCAGUCGGCAUCUGACAGCAUCAUCCAGGAGUACGUGGACCUGCGGACACAGUACAGUGAGCUGACCACGCUCACCACCCAGUACAUCAAGUUCAUCACCGAGACACUGCGGCGGCUGGAGGACGAGGAGAAAGCCGCCGAGAAGCUGAAAGAGGAGGAGAGGAAGCGGCUGGCGGAGGUGGAGGCGCAGCUGGAGAAGCAGCGGCAGCUGGCCGAGGCCCACGCCAAAGCCAAGGCACAGGCGGAGGCGGAGGCGCGGGAGCUGCAGCUCCGCAUGCAGGAGGAGGUCACCCGGCGGGAGGUGGUGGCCGUGGAUGCCGAGCAGCAGAAGCAGAACAUCCAGCAGGAGCUGAUGCAGCUACGGCAGAACUCGGACCACCAGAUCAAGUCCAAGGUGAAGCUGAUCGAGGAGGCCGAAUACAACCGCAAGAAGGUGGAGGAGGAGAUCCGCCUCAUCCGCCUGCAGCUGGAGAGCACCGAGAAGCAGCGGGAGAGCGCAGAGACAGAGCUGCAGGAGCUGCGGGCGCGUGCCGAAGAUGCCGAGCGGCAGAAGCGGCAGGCGCAGGAGGAGGCCGAGCGCCUGCGCCGGCAGGUGAAGGAGGAGAGCCAGAAGAAGCGCGAGGCGGAGGAGGAGCUGAAGCGCAAGGUGCAGGCUGAGCGCGAAGCGGCUCGGGAGAAGCAGAAGGCAGUGGCAGACCUGGAGCAGCUGCGGCUGCAGGCGGAGGAGGCUGAGCGACGCAUGCGGCAGGCAGAGGCCGAGAAGGACCGGCAGAUCCAGGUGGCCCAGGAGGUGGCCCAGCGCAGCGCUGAGGCCGAGCUGCAGAGCAAGAGGCUCUCUUUUGCUGAGAAGACAGCGCAGCUGGAGCUGUCGCUGCAGCAGGAGCACGAUGUGGUGGCCCAGCUGCAGGAGGAGGCCGAGCGGCUGAAGAAGCAGCAGCUGGAGGCUGAGCGCUCACGGGAGGAAGCUGAGAAGGAGCUGGAGCGCUGGCGGCAGAAAGCCAACGAGGCGCUGCGCCUGCGGCUGCAGGCCGAAGAGGUGGCCCACAAAAAGUCGCUGGCACAGGAGGAGGCCGAGAAGCAGAAGGAGGAUGCAGAGCGUGAGGCCCGCAAGCGUGCCAAGGCAGAGGAGGUGGCCGUGCGGCAGAAGGAGCUGGCAGAGGAAGAGCUGGAAAAGCAGAGGGAGCUGGCAGAGGGCACAGCCCAGCAGAAGCUGGCGGCGGAGCAGGAGCUGAUCCGGCUGAAGGCGGAGAUGGAUAAUGGGGAGCAGCAGCGCCUGCUCCUGGAGGAAGAGCUCUCGCGGUUGAAGGGCGAGGUGAACGAGGCCAUCCAGAGGAGGAAAGAGCUGGAGGAGGAACUGGCCAAGCUGCGGGCAGAGAUGGAGGUCCUGCUGGAGAGCAAGGCCAAGACAGAGGAGGAGUCGCGCUCCAGCAGCGAGAAGUCCAAGCAGCGGCUGGAGGCGGAGGCCAACAAGCUGCGGGAACUGGCUGAGGAGGCCGCCCGCCUGCGCGCCCUCUCUGAAGAGGCCAAGCGGCAGCGGCAGCUGGCAGAGGACGAGGCCACCCGGCAGCGGGCCGAGGCCGAGCGCAUCCUGAAGGAGAAGCUGGCGGCCAUCAACGAGGCCUCACGGCUGAAGGCGGAGGCGGAGAUUGCGCUGAAGGAGAAGGAGGCAGAGAAUGAACGGCUGCGGCGGCUGGCAGAGGACGAGGCCUACCAGCGCAAGCUGCUGGAGGAGCAGGCAGCCCAACACAAGCAGGACAUCGAGGAGAAGAUUGCCCUGCUAAAGCGCUCCUCAGAAAGCGAGCUGGAGAGGCAGAAGGGGCUCGUGGAGGACACGCUGCGGCAGCGGCGGCAGGUGGAGGAGGAGAUCCGCGCCCUCAAGGCCAGCUUUGAGAGGGCCUCAGCUGGCAAGAGCGAGCUGGAGCGGGAGCUGAACCGCAUCCGUGGGGAGGCAGAGGAGGUGCAGCGCAGCCGAGAGCAGGCAGAGCGGGAGGCUGAGCGGCAGCGGGCCCUGGCGCUGGAGGAGGAGGGCCGCCGGCGUGAGGCCGAAGAGAAGGUGCAGGCCAUCCUGGCGGCCGAGGAGGAGGCCGGGCGGCAGCGGCGGCUGGCCCUGGAGGAAGUGGAGCGGCUGCGGGCCAUGGUGGAGGAGGCGCGGCGGCAGAAGGAACUGGCAGAGAAGGAGUCGGAGCGGCAGAUCCAGCUGGCACGGGAGGCGGCGCAGAAGCGGAUUGCGGCAGAGGAGAAGGCGCACCUGGCUGCCGUGCAGCAGAAGGAGCAGGAGCUGCUGCAGACGCGCCAGCAGGAGCAGAGCCUCCUGGACCGGCUGCGCGAGGAGGCCGACCGGGCCCGGCGGGCGGCCGAAGAGGCCGAGUUUGCCCGUGGCAAGGCCGAGCAGGAUGCCAGCUUGUCCCGGCAGCGCGUGGAGGAGGCUGAGCGGCUGAAGCAGCGGGCAGAGGAGGAGGCGCAGGCCAAGGCACAGGCGCAGGCGGAUGCAGAGAAGCUGCGGAAGGAGGCUGAGCUGGAGGCAGCGAAACGGGCGCAGGCAGAGCAGGCGGCCCUGAGGCAGAAGCAGCUGGCCGAUGCCGAGAUGGAGAAGCACAAGAAGUUUGCUGAGCAGACACUGCGGCAGAAGGCGCAGGUGGAGCAGGAGCUGACCAAGGUGAAGUUGCAGCUGGAUGAGACAGACCACCAGAAGGGCAUCCUGGAUGAGGAGCUGCAGCGGCUGAAGGAGGAGGUGACAGACGCUGUCCGGCAGAAGGCCCAGGUGGAGGAGGAACUCUUCAAGGUCCGGGUGCAGAUGGAAGAGCUGGCCAAGCUGAAGAGCCGCAUUGAGGAGGAGAACAAGGCGCUGAUCCUCAAGGACAAGGACAACACGCAGAAGUUCCUGGCGGAGGAGGCAGAGAAGAUGAAGCAGGUGGCAGAGGAGGUGGCCCGGCUGAGCGUAGAGGCGCAGGAGGCCGCCCGCAUGCGGCAGCUGGCUGAGGAUGACCUGGCACAGCAGCGGGCGCUGGCAGAGAAGAUGCUGAAGGAGAAGAUGCAGGCAGUGCAGGAGGCCACGCGGCUGCGGGCCGAGGCUGAAAUGCUGCAGAAGCAGAAGGAUCUGGCGCAGGAACACGCCAAGAAGCUGCAGGAGGACAAGGAGCAGAUGCAGCAGCGCCUGGCUGAGGAGACCGAAGGCUUCCAGAAGACGCUGGAGGCUGAGCGCCGGCGGCAGCUGGACAUCACGGCUGAGGCCGAGCGCCUCAAGCUGCAGGUGGCAGAGAUGAGCAUGGCCCAGGCCAAGGCUGAGGAGGAAGCCAAGCGGUUCAAAAAGCAGGCAGAGGAGAUCAGUGAGAGGCUGCACGAGACUGAGCUGGCCACACAGGAGAAGAUGACAAUGGUGCACACCCUGGAGAUCCAGAGACACCAGAGCGAUGAGGAUGCCGAAAAGCUGCGGAAGGCCAUUGCUGACCUGGAGAAGGAGAAGGAGAAGCUGAAACAGGAGGCAGCGCUGCUGCAGCAGAAGGCAGAGGAGAUGCAGGUGGCCCAGCAGGCUCAGCUCCGUCAGGAGACGCAGCUCCUGCAGCAGAGCUUCCUGACGGAGAAAGAUGCCCUGCUGCAGAAGGAGAAGUUCAUUGAGGAGGAGAAAUCGAAGCUGGAGAAGCUCUUCAAGGAUGAGGUGAACAAAGCCCAGAAUCUGAAGGCAGAGCAGGAGCGGCAGCAGCGGGAGAUGGAGCAGGAGAAGCAGCAGUUGAAAGCUAUGUUGGACGAAGCCAAGAAGCAUCAAAAGGAAGCUGAGGAAAACGUCCGGCACAAGCAGGAGGAGCUACAGCAGCUGGAGAAGCAGCGACAGCAGCAGGAGAAACUUCUGGAAGAAGAGAACCAGAAGCUGAGGGAGAGGCUCGAGCAGAUGCAGGAGGAGUACAAGGCUGCCCUGGCCCAGAGGCGGGAGAUCAUGAUCCAGACUGAUGACCUGCCUGGGGAGGUGGUUACAACAACACAGCUGCUGGACGUCAAGGCUGUGCCCAAUGGCCGGGAUGCAAUGGACGGCUUAGCCCAGAAUGGGGAGCCGGAGUUCGCCUUUGACGGCAUCCGGCAGAAGGUGUCAGCAGAGAAGCUGGCUGAUGCUGGCAUUCUGAGCAGGGAGAACUUGGACAAGUUGGCAAAGGGUGUUGUGAGUGUGGAUGAGCUCUCUCAGAGGGAGGAUGUCAAGAAGUACCUGCAGGGCAAGAGCAGCAUUGCCGGUUUGCUGAUCAAACCCUCCAACCAGAAGAUGAGCAUCUACGAAGCCAUGAAGAAGAAGCUGCUCAGCCCAGGCACAGCGCUGGUGCUCCUGGAGGCACAGGCUGCUUCUGGCUUCAUCAUUGACCCUGUGAGGAACGCAAGGCUCUCGGUGAACGAGGCGGUGCGAGAGGGGGUGAUCGGGCCUGAGCUGCACAACAAGAUGCUGUCAGCUGAGCGAGCUGUCACCGGCUAUAAGGAUCCGUACACAGGUGACAAGAUCUCCCUGUUCCAGGCCAUGCAGAAGGAUCUCAUCGUCAGGGACCAUGGCAUCCGCCUGCUCGAGGCCCAGAUCGCCACUGGUGGCAUCAUCGAUCCUGUCAACAGCCACCGCCUGCCUGUGGAAGCCGCCUACAAGUGUGGCUACUUCGAUGAGGAGAUGAAUCAGGUCCUGUCUGACCCCACUGAUGACACCAAGGGCUUCUUCGACCCCAACACUCAGGAGAACCUCACCUACCUGCAGCUCAUGGAGCGGUGCGUGACUGACCCGGACACAGGGCUGUGCCUCCUGCCGCUCACUGACCAAGCAACCAAGGCCAGAGAGCUGGUCUACACUGACAAGGAAGCCAAGGAUGUCUUCAAGAAGGCCACAGUGACAGCACCAUUUGGCAAGUUCCAAGGGAAGACGAUGACCAUCUGGGAGCUCAUCAACUCUGAAUAUUUCACUGAGGACCAAAGGCGGGACCUGAUCCAGCAGUACAGGACUGGCAAGAUCACAGUGGAGAAGAUCAUCAAGAUUGUCAUCACGGUUGUGGAGGAAAGUGAGAAGAAGAGCCAGAUGUGCUUUGAAGGCCUGCGGGGCCCCGUGCCUGCUGCUGAGCUGCUGGAGAGCAAGAUCAUCAACAAGGACCUCUACAACCAGCUGCACCAGGGCAAGAAGUCCGUAAAGGAUGUGGCAGAGAUGGAGUCCGUACGGCAGUACCUGAAGGGCACAGAUGCCAUCGCUGGUGUCCUGGUGGAAUCUACGGGUCAGAAGCUCACCUUCUAUGAGGCCCUGAAGAGAAACCUGCUGAGGCCAGAGGUUGCCCUGUCCCUGCUGGAGGCACAAGCUGCCACCGGCUACAUCAUUGACCCUGUGGGUAACAAGCUCUUCUCUGUGGACGAGGCAGUGAAGGCCGAGGUGGUGGGGCCAGAGUUCCAUGAGAAGCUGCUGUCGGCAGAGAAGGCGGUGACUGGCUACAAGGAUCCCUACACGGGUCAGACGGUUUCCCUCUACCAAGCACUCCAGAAGGGCCUCAUCCCCAGCGACACUGGGCUCCGGCUGCUGGACGUCCAGCUUGCCACUGGUGGCAUCAUUGACCCCGUCAACAGCCACCGGCUCCCGCUUGAGGUCGCCUACAAGCGUGGCUACUUCGACCCAGAGAUAAACAAGGCUCUGACUGAGUUCCAAGAUGACGCCAAGGCUUUCUACUGUCCCAACACCCAGGAACACCUCACCUAUGCCCAGCUGCAGAAGAGCUGCCACCGCGACAAGCAGACUGGCCUGUGCCUGCUGCCCCUGUCCGACGAGGCAAUCCAAUCACAGCAGGAGGAGAUCUACACUGACAGCCAGGCCAAGGAGUGCUUUGACAAAGCAACCAUCGAGGUCCCAGUGGGCAGCAUGAAGGGCAAGACAAUGACCAUCUGGGAACUGAUCCACUCUGAAUACUUCACAGAGGAGCACAGGCGGGAGCUCCUCCGACAGUACAAGACCGGCAAAGUGACAAUCGAGAAGAUCAUCAAAAUUGUGAUCACCAUCAUCGAGGAGGCAGAGACCAAAAAGCAGGAGAAACUGACAUUCAGUGGUCUGCGGGCUCCGGUGCCAGCCAGCGAGCUGCUGGAGUCCUGCAUCAUCAGCAAAACCCAGUACGAGCAGCUGAAGGAAGGCAAAAAGUCAGUGAAGGACCUCUCGGAGACAGAUGCAGUGAGGAGAUUCCUGCAUGGCAGCGACUGCAUUGCCGGUGUCUAUGUAGAGGCCACCAAGGAGAAGCUGAACAUCUAUGAGGCCAUGAGGAGGAACCUACUGAGACCCAGCACUGCUGUGGUCCUCCUGGAGGCCCAGGCAGCCACUGGGUUCUUGAUCGACCCUGUGAAGAACCGUAAACUGUAUGUCAAUGAGGCCGUGAAGGCUGGCAUUGUCGGGCCUGAGCUGCACGAGAAGCUGCUGUCGGCUGAGAAGGCUGUCACGGGCUACAAGGAUCCCUACUCAGGCGAUACCAUCUCCCUGUUCCAAGCCAUGAAGAAAGGGCUGAUUGUCAAGGAGCACGGCAUCCGCCUGCUGGAGGCCCAGAUCGCCACCGGCGGCAUCAUCGACCCCGUGCACAGCCACCGCCUGCCUGUGGAGGUGGCCUACAAGCGUGGCUACUUCGACGAGGAGAUGAACCGGACCCUCUCCGACCCCACUGAUGACACCAAGGGCUUCUUCGACCCCAACACUCAGGAGAACCUCACCUACGUGCAGCUGAAGGAGAGGUGCAUCGAGGAUCCCGAGACGGGCCUGUACCUGCUGCCUCUGCGGGAGCCUGAGAAGCCAAAAGUGGUGGAAACCACUCACGUGUACACAGAAGCAGAGACACGGAAGGUGUUUGAGGAGACACAGGUGGACAUCCCUGUGGGCAGCCGGGCAGGCUCCACCAUGUCUCUGUGGGAUGUCAUGCACUCAGACCUGCUGCCCGAGGAGCAGCGUAAACAUCUCAUGGAGGAGUUCCAGUCGGGCCGCGUGUCCAAGGAGCGCAUGAUCAUCAUUAUCAUCGAGAUCAUCGAGAAGACUGAGAUCAUCCGUCAGCAGAAUCUCACGUCCUAUGACUACGUCCGGCGCCGCAUCACAGCUGAGGACCUCUACGAGGCCAAGAUCAUCACACAGGACAUCUACAAUCUGCUGAAACAGGGCUCCAAAACCUUCCGGGAGCUCCUGGAUGUGGAGACUGUCUGGAAGUACCUUUAUGGGUCGGGCUGUGUGGCUGGCAUCUACAUCCCCUCCUCCAAGCAGACUCUCAGUGUCUACCAGGCGCUGAAGAAGGGGCUGAUCAAUUCUGAAGUGGCCCGCUCCCUCCUGGAGGCCCAGGCAGCCACUGGCUUCAUGAUCGACCCCACAAAGAACGAAAUGCUGACUGUUGAUGAGGCGGUCAGGAAGGGUGUGGUGGGGCCAGAGAUCCACGACCGGCUCCUGUCGGCAGAGAGGGCUGUGACCGGCUACAGAGACCCCUACAGUGAACAGAAGAUUUCCCUCUUCCAGGCCAUGAAGAAGGAUCUCAUUCCCAGCGAAGAGGCCCUCAAGCUCCUAGAUGCCCAGAUCGCCACCGGCGGCAUCAUUGACCCACACUUGGGCUUCCAUCUGCCCUUGGAGGUGGCUCUCCAGCGGGGCUUCAUCAACAAGGAGACGUAUGACAUGCUGUCGGAGCCCAGCGAGGUGCGCAGCUACGUGGACCCCUCCACAGAUGAGAAGCUCAGCUACACGCAGCUGCUGAAGCGGUGCCGCAAGGACGAGAACUCCCGGCUCCUCCUGCUCCCGCUCUGUGACACACGGAAGCUCACCUUCCGGGGCCUGAGGAAGCAGAUCACAGUGGAGGAGCUGGUCCUUUCGAAGGUGAUGGAUGAAGCCACAGCCCAGCGCCUCCAGGAGGGUCUCACCUCUGUUGAGGAGGUCUCUAAGAACUUGAAGAAGUUCCUGGAAGGCACCAGCUGCAUUGCUGGUGUCUUUGUGGACUCCACAAAGGAGCGUCUAUCCAUCUACCAGGCCAUGAAGAAGGGGAUCAUCCGGCCCGGCACUGCCUUCGAGCUCCUGGAGGCACAGGCAGCCACAGGCUACGUGAUUGACCCCAUCAAGGGCCUCAAACUGACAGUGGAGGAAGCUGUGCGCAUGGGCAUUGUGGGCCCCGAGUUCAAGGACAAGCUGCUCUCUGCCGAGCGGGCCGUCACCGGCUACCGGGACCCCUACACUGGAAAGCUCAUCUCCCUCUUCCAGGCUAUGAAGAAGGGUCUGAUCCUGAAGGACCAUGGGAUCCGCCUGCUGGAGGCACAGAUCGCCACGGGAGGCAUCAUUGACCCUGAGGAGAGCCACCGCCUCCCUGUGGAGGUGGCCUACAAGAGGGGCCUCUUUGACGAGGAGAUGAAUGAGAUCUUGCUGGACCCUAGCGAUGACACCAAGGGCUUCUUCGACCCCAACACAGAGGAGAACCUCACCUACCUGCAGCUCAUGGAGCGGUGCAUCACGGACCCGGAGACCGGCCUCUGCCUCCUGCCUCUGAAGGAGAAGAAGCGGGAGAGGAAGACGUCCUCCAAGUCCUCCGUCCGCAAGCGCCGGGUGGUGAUUGUUGACCCAGAGACAGGCAAGGAGAUGUCCGUGUACGAAGCCUAUCGCAAAGGCCUCAUUGACCACCAGACUUACCUGGAGCUGUCAGAGCAGGAGUGCGAGUGGGAGGAGAUCACCACCUCCUCCUCCGAUGGCGUGGUGAAGUCAAUGAUCAUCGACAGGCGCUCGGGGCGCCAGUAUGACAUCGACGAUGCCAUUGGCAAGGGUCUGAUUGACCAGUCAGCCCUGGACCAGUACCGCUCGGGCACCCUCUCCAUCACCGAGUUUGCCGACAUGCUCUCUGGCAACAUGGGUGGCUUCCGGUCGCGGUCAUCCUCGGUUGGAUCCUCCUCCUCCUACACCGCCAGCCCAGCCCUGUCACGGACCCAGAUCUCCAUGUGGACUGACCCAACCGAAGAGACUGGGCCAGUGGCAGGCAUCCUGGACACGGACACUCUGGAGAAGGUGUCCAUCACGGAGGCAAUGCGCCGUAACCUGGUGGACAACAUCACCGGGCAGCGGCUGCUGGAAGCCCAGGCCUGCACCGGGGGCAUCAUCGACCCCAACACCGGUGACAAAUGCACCGUUGCCGAUGCGGUCGCCAAGGGCCUGGUUGACAAGAUCAUGGUGGACCGCAUCAACCUGGCGCAGAAGGCCUUCUACGGCUUUGAGGACCCUCGGACCAAGACGAAGAUGUCGGCGGCACAGGCCCUGAAGAAGGGCUGGCUCUACUACGAGGCUGGGCAGCGGUUCCUGGAGGUGCAGUACUUGACAGGGGGCCUGAUCGAGCCCGAUGCCCCAGGCCGUGUCUCCCUGGAUGACGCGCUGCAGAAGGGCACUAUUGAUGCGCGGACUGCCCAGAAGCUGCGGGAUGUCAACACCUACUCCAAGUACCUCACCUGCCCCAAGACCAAGCUCAAGAUCUCCUACAAGGAUGCCAUGGACCGGAGCAUGAUCGAGGAUGGGACCGGCCUGCGGCUGCUGGAGGCCUCCUCCCAAUCCAGCAAGGGCUACUAUAGCCCCUACAACAUCAGCAGCGCCGGCUCCACCUCUGGAUCGCGCUCGGGCUCUCGCACCGGCUCCCGCUCAGGCUCCCGGCGCGGCAGUUUUGACGCCACUGGCUCCAGCUUCUCCAUGACCUUCUCUUCCUCCUCCUACUCCUCCUCGAGUUUUGGGCGCAGAUACACGGGGAGUACCCAGGGCACCGUGGAGGAGGCUGCCCUUGCCCUCGCCCUGGCCGCAUCCAGAAGCUGCGGGUGGGAGGCGAGCAGGGAGUGCCCCGGGGUGUCUGGGCCCCUGCUCCACCGAGGAGGGGGCUUGGCACCCCAGCCCCCCGAGCUGCCCCAUCUCCCUGCCUCAGCCUCCCGGCACGUCCCCACCACCACGCUGCAGAGCCGGUGCCCUGACCGUAAGUGCCGCGCUGGCGCUGCCCGGUGCUUCCGCGCCCUGCGGGGGGACCUGCCUCUGCUCGCCACUUCGCCCGCCGAGGGGCUUCGCUGCGUGCCCGCCUCCGCCAGCCCACCCGCUCACCUGUCCUCCGGGACGCGCCCGCCGCGGUCGGCCGGUCUGUCUACGUCUUUUUCCAGUCCCAACAAAGACCUCCCAGUGCCACUGGGCGAGCUCCUGAGCUGGGUCUCCGACAUCAGCAGGUCGUGGAUGGGCUCGAGGGGAGCCCCGGAGGCGGCAGCUGCUCGGCUGUGCCCACCUGCACAGUGUGGCUGGAUGUCCAUACCACUUCCCCUCAUCGCCGCCAUGGAGCCCGUCCCCCACCCUGAGGCCGGGGCGCUGAACCUCCCCAUGGCCAGGGACCCCCGGACCCCCCCGGCCGUGCCGCUGAGGCUCGGAGCCCGGGCACCGGACAGCCCCCAGGGCCAGCCGGACACGGUGGUGCCAUACGGGCACGUCCUGCCGGGCACCGGGCAGCCCCCAGGGCCAGCUGGACGCGGUGGUGCGGUGCGGGCAGCGCUGUGCGGGACCGGGAGCAGCUCUCAGGCAGCUCCAGAGCUGUUUGCUCCGGCUGUCACGGGCAGCCCGCAGUGUUCGGUGCACCAUGCUGCAGGGGACACCGGAGAUGGUGUGGAGGGCUCGCCGUGGGACAGGGAGGAGCUGGAGAGAGCCUGCCUGCGCUCCGAGCAGAGGCUGGAGGUGCAGGAGCAGCUGCUCGCCCUGCGGCACUGGCUGGACGCCGUGGAGAAGCGGCUGCUGGCGCUGCCAGAGCCUGGCACGGCCCUGCAGGGAGGAAGGCACCUGGCCACAGCUGGCUGGGAGAGCCUGCAGCACAGCCCUGCAGCUGUCCAGGGCGCGGAGCCGCAGCGGCAGCAGCGCAGUGGGGGCUGCCGGCCGCCCCCUCCUCGCCGCCCCUCGCCGGCUCCUUUUGUUGGAGGCCUGGCCGGCACACGGGCUCCCUCGGCACACAUGACGGCACAAACUGAAAGGGCCAUUCAUCGCGGCCCCAGCGCAGACAAAGCCGAGGCCGCACAGAAACCCACCCGGCUCCCGGGAUCUGAGGCUGUGCAUUCCAGCCGCCCGCUCCCGCCCGGUGCCCCGCGCCGGGCUCCGCUGCCCGGGGCGCCCGUGCCACCCCGAGCCCGGUACCUGGGGCUGCGGAGCGUGCCGGGCGAGCUGCCGGCGGCCGCGGGGGACGGGGGUGGCGGGAGGCUCCGAGCUGCAUCCUCACCCCCUGCCCAGCUUCUCCCUGGCAUGUCCCGGCCGGGCUCUGUGGGUGCUAUGGGGUGCCUGGAGUAUCAUGGGGUCAGACCCGCCCGGUGCCCAGCCCCUCGGUGCCAGCAGCACAAAGCUCCGGAGCCGUGCGGGGAGGAGGAGGAUGCCGAGCUGCUGCAGGACGCUGCGGAGCCGCCGAGGCCCUGGCAGAUGCUAAUUCCCGGCAGCGUCUCUGGCAGCAGACAAAGCCCCCGGCCCCGCCGCCCGCCGCUCCCAGGAGACCCCAGGGAGCCCCAUCCAUCAGCGUGGCCGACGCGCCUGCAGCGGCCCCCCGGCUCCCGGGGCCCAGCGAGGGGCACCCCACCCAGGGUGGCAGCGAGGGGUUCUGGAGACCCAGGCCCGCAGCACCCUGGCUCUCAGGGUGCUGGUGAGAGCACAGUGCUGGUGUUAGUGCUGGUGCCGGUGCCAGUGCUGGUGUCGGUACAGGUGCUGGAGCAGGCUCCGGUGUUAGUGCUGGUGCCGGUGCCGGUACAGGUGCUGAGGCAGGUGCAGGGGCAGCAGCAGGUGCAGGUGUUAGUGCCGAUGCUGGUGCUGGUGUCGGAGCAGGUGCCGGUGUUAGUGCCGGUGCCGGGGCAGGUGCCGGUGUCGGUGCAGGUGCCGGGGCAGCGCGGGGCGCGGGCUGUCGCCCCCCCGGGCGGCGCGGGGCGGGCGGAGGGCCGGCACCGCCCCUCCCCCGCGGGAUGGCUGCGAGGCCCCGGGGGUUUCCCCGACCAGCCCCGCCGAGCCCGGCGCUGCCGGUGCCAGGGUCUCCGCCCGGUGCCCCCGCGCUCCCCCCGCGCCGCGGGCGCGGCGCACAAAGGCGGCGGGGCCGGGGCGGCGGUAACGGGGACCGAGUCUCCCCCCGUCGCCUCCGCCCCUCUCCCCCGCGCGGGCCGGGCCCCCCCGGAGCGGGGCGUGUGCCCAGGGCCGGGGGCAGCAGCACUGCGGCUGCGGCGGGGGGGCUGCCGGGGGAGGGUCCUGCCGGGUCACGCCGGGGAUUUAUGGCUGCGGCAGGGCUCGCAGGCUGGGGAGGCCACCUGCCCGUCCCCGCUCGGUCAGGCAGCGCCGUGGAGUGAGGGGUCGAGCCGAGCGCAGCCCGGCGGCACCUGGGGGUCCCGCGGUGGUCCCGGUAACGCACACCCCUGGCUCGUUGCAGGCCGGGAUUUGAGGCGGGGGCCCGGCGCCCGCGCCAUGGGGAACUCGGUGAGCCGGCCCAGCUGCCUGGGCGAGAAGAGCCGGCGGCCGGAGGAGCUCCUGCGGGAGCCGGGGCUGGACGCGGGGCAGCCACCCGCAGGAGGCGUCGCGGAGGCCUGGCCGGUGCUGCUGGAGAAGGCGGCGGUGCCGGUGGAGAAUGGCUGGAGCCCGGGGCCCGGUGUCGCCCGGAGCCGGCCGGGCAGCCCGGUGCUGAGGCGCAGCCAGUCCGAGGUGGCCGUGCAGAACGGGGGUGCGGCUGCAGUGCGGGGGCAGGUGGGGGGCGCGACCUGGACCCCUCCCCGGGCCGGCGCUCCCCGCAGCACCUGGUCCUGGAAGCCCGUCACCACCCGGGAGGUGACCGAGGUGACGGAGGUGACCGAGACCAUCGUGACGGAGAUCGUGGAGGUGACCGAGUACCCGGCGGGUGACAAGGGUGGCGAGCCCGUGGUCACCCGCACGGUCACCGUGCUGACGGAGUGCGUGGGGGAGCUCGCUGCUGCUGCUGCUGCUGGACACACGGAUGGCACCGAGGUGUCUUCACGGGCUGUGCCCGUCCCAGAGGAGGCAGCAGAGAAGGGCCAGGAGACGCUGGAGCGGCUGCUGGCCUGGGUGGCAGACAUGGAGGAGCUGGUGAGCAACCAGAAGCCGCCGUCGGCGGAGGCCAAGGUGGUGAAGGCGCAGCUGGAGGAGCAGAAGCUCCUGAAGCGCCUGCUGGAGGAGCGGAGGCCACGUGUGGAGCUUGUCCUGCAGGACAGACUGACGGCACCCGAGGGCAGCACUGGCCUCUUCAGCCUCGGGGAGAGGUGGGACAAGCUGAUGCAGGAGGCUGAAGCCAGGUAUGGCUGCCUGGAGCGGAUCCUGCCAGCAGCCCAGGGCUUCCAGGAGGCUGUGGAUGCCUUCCAGGAGUGGCUGGGUGCCACAGAGAGGCAGCUGGCCCAGCUCUGGCGUGCUGAUGGCUGUGUGGGCCGCGUGCAGGACGCCCACCAGCAGACUCAGGCCCUCUGUGAGGAGAUCCGCGGGCGGCUGGGGGAGCUGGAUGGAGCCCUGGAGAGCGGGCAGCGCGUCCUGGAGCUGGUGACAGGGGAGGAGGCCCAGCUGACUCAGGAGAAGAUGGAGUCACUGAGGAUGCGCUACCUCAUCGUGGGCCAGAGCAGCGCUGACACCGCUCACCGGCUGGGGCAGACCCUGGAGGCCUCGUCUCGCCUGGGCACAGCCCCUGAGGACCUGGCACUGUGGCUGAGCCGCAUGGAGAAGGAGCUGGGCGAGCAGGAGAGCCAGCAGGAUGGCCAGGAGCCCUCAGUCACUGCCAGUGACAGGGAGAAGUUUGAGCAGGUCCUGGAGUCCCAGCUCAGCCGCGUGGCCGGGCUGGGUGAGCGGCUGGAGGAGAUUGGCCGGGUGCAGCUGGAUGCUGAGGCUCUCCGCUCGCAGCUCUCCGAGCAGAAGCUGCUCUCUGCCGAGAUCCUGCACUGCCGGGGCCUCAUUGAGCGUCUGCUGGGCUUCUCGGAGCCGCUGCUGCGCUGCUGCCCUGAGCCCCUGCGGCAGCGCCUUCAGCCGUCGGUGCAGGCGCUGCGGGAGCGCACGGAGCAGCUGUCCCUGCGCAGCGGCGCCUGUGCCGUGCAGCUGGAGCACGCCCAGUCCCUGCUCACCCAGUUCUCUGAGGCCCUCGAGGAGCUGCUGCCCUGGCUGGAGGAGACGCAGGCCCUGGGGGUGCAGCUCUCGCCCAACGCCAUCAGCUACGAGGCCUUCAAGGAGCAGCAGGCACUGCUGCAGAGCCUGCGGGAGGCCAUCGCCGAGCACCGGCCGCUGGUGGGGAAGCUGCAGCGCGUGUCGGCGCAGCUGCUGGACCUGAGCCCCGAGCAGGGAGCCCCGUUCCAGCGGCGCUGGCAGGAGCUGGAGGAGCAGUAUGGCCACAUCCGCGAGCGCGUGCGCCAGGCGGCGACUCUGCUGGAGGAUGCCCUGCCGCGAUACAGCCAGCUGUCAGAGCGCAUGGACCUGCUGCUGGAGUGCCUGGAGCGGCUGCAGAGCCGGCUGCAGAGCCAGCCCCCCAUCCGUGGCGAUGCGGCCCAUCUGAGGGAGCAGAUCCGGGAGAACAGCCUGGCCCUGGGCGAGCUGGAGAAGCUCGGGGUGGCCCUGGAGGGGAUCCGAGCACAGGGCGAGGAGCUGCUGGCCACCGUGCAGGCGGUCAGCUCCGACGCCGCGGACAGAGGGAUCCAGGAGCGCACCGAGCAGCUGCUGUCACUGUGGGGCUGCCUGCACGGCCGCUGCCAGGAGCGGGAGCGGUGGCUUCGGGAGCUGCUGGCACUGGCCGAGCGCUUCUGGCAUGGCCUGUCUGAGCUGGCUGUGGCGCUCAGUGACACCCAGCAGCUCGUGCUGGGCCUGGAGGAGGCUGGUGGUGAGCCCGAGGCCAUCCGCACGCGGCUGCGCACCAUGCAGGCUCUGCGGGAGGACAUUGACGCGCUGCAGGGCGAGCUGGACACACUGGGCAGCCUGGGCGUGGAGCUGAUGGCAUCCUGUGGGGACCCCGACAAACCUGAUGUCACCAAGAGCCUGGACGAUCUCUACUCCUCCUGGCACAGCCUGAGCCGGGUGUGGACGGAGCGGAACGGGCGCCUCGAGGAGCAGCUCCAGGCCGCCCUCAGCUACCAGGACACCAUGCAGCGGCUGCUGGAGUGGCUGGACGCGGCCGAGCUGCGCAUCGCCGAGGAGUUCCUGGUGGGCGGCGACCUGGACAUGGUGCAGCAGCAGCUGGCUGAGCUCAAGGAGUUCAAGCGGGAGCUGUACCAGUGCAAGGUGGACGUGGAGAGCCUGCGGCACCAAGGGGGCACAGGGCAGGGGGACCCCCCGGCCACACUCUGCGACUUCCGCCAGCGCUGGGACCACCUGGAGGAGGAGAUUGUCAGCAGACAGCACCAGCUGGAGGCGGCGCUGCUGGGGCUGGGGCAGUUCCACACGCAGCUGGCCGAGCUGCUGCAGUGGCUGAGCCGCACCGGGGAGCAGCUGCGCGGCCCCGCGCCCCUGCGGCCCGACCUGCAGAGCUGCGAGAUCGAGCUGGCCAAGCACAAGGUGCUGCGCACCGACGUGAUGUCGCACGCCCGCACGGUGCAGUCGGUGACCGAGGCCGGGCAGGGGCUGCUGCUCUCCAGCCUGGGCGAGAGCGUGGAGGGGCUGCAGCGCAGCCUGCAGCAGCUGGAGCAGCACUGGGAGCUGGUGCGCAGUGAGACCGAGAGCCGGCAGCUGGAGCUGGAGAACAACCUCAGCCAGGUGCAGGACAUUACGCUGGAAAUCACGGAGCUGCUGCAGUGGCUGGAGCAGGUGGAGCUGCAGCUCUUCUGCUCCAAGCCGGCCUGGGGCCACCCGGAUGCCACCAAAGAGAAGCUGAACGCACACCUGGAGCUGUGCCGGGAGCUGGAGGCGCGGGCCGGUUCCUACCGGGGGCUGCGGGAGCGGCUGCAGCGGCUGCUGGACUCGUGCCGUGCCGGCCGGCCCUGCAGCACCGAGCACAGCCUGCGCCUGCUGGAGCAGAAGUGGGACAGCGUCCAGGCCGAGGCCCAGGAGAGGAAGGAGCGCCUGGCCGAGGGGCUGAUGGUCAGUACCGAGUUCCACGGCUCGGCGCAGGAGCUGCUGCGCUGGGUGGCCCACGCCGAGGAGCUGCUGGGGUCCCCUGCGCCCCCCAGCUUCGUCCUGGACACCGUCACCGCGCAGAUCCAGGAGCACAAGGCCCUGGUGAAGGAGGCGAACGCGCACGGGGAGAAGCUGGGCGGCCUGGAGGCCGUGGCCGCGCGCCUCAAGGAUUUCAGUCGGAAGCAGGACGGGGCCGUCAUCCAGAACCUGGUGCUGGCAGCCCGGGAGAGGCUGGGCAAGGUCCUGCAGCGGGCAGCAGAGAGGGGAGCCGUGCUGGAGGAGGCCCGGAAACGCAGCAAGCAGUUCAGCGAGUCCCGGCGGCUGCUCCUGGACUGGAUGGACGAGGUGGAGCAGAGCCUGGAGGAGCCUCAGGACGCGGCCACCAGCCAGGAGGAGAUCAAGUGCCAGCUGGCUGAGCACAAGGCGUUCCAGAAGGUGCUGCGGGCCAAGCGCCCGGUGUACGAGGCCACGCUGCGGAGCGGGCGGGCGCUGCGGGAGGGGGCGCGGCUGCCCCAGGACCUGCAGCCGCUGGAGGAGCUGCUGGGGGAGCUGAAGGAGCGCUGGGACGCGCUGUGCAGCCACGCCGCGGAGAGGCAGCACAAGCUGGAGGAGAACCUGCUCUUCUCGGGCAAGUUCACGGACGCGCUGCAGGCGCUCAUGGACUGGCUGUACCGCGCCGAGCCGCAGCUCAGCGAGGACGCGCCCGUCGGGGGGGACCGCGACCUGGUCGGGGACCUCAUGGACAAGCACAAGGUGUUCCAGAAGGAGCUGGGCAAGCGCGCCAGCUGCAUCAAGACGCUGAAGCGCUCGGUGCGGGACCUGACGCGGGGCAGCAGCAGCGUGGACUCGCAGUGGCUGCAGCGGCAGGUGGAGGAGCUCAGCACCCGCUGGGACCUGGUCUGCAAACUCUCCCUGGCCAAGCAGGCCCGGCUGGAGGCGGCGCUGCGGCAGGCGGAGGAGUUCCACACCCUGGUGCACUCCUUCCUGGGGCGCCUGACGGAGUCGGAGAAGACGCUCAAGUACGGAGUGUUCCCCGAGGAGGAGGCGGCCGUGCACGAGUGCCAGGCCCAGCUGCAGGAGCUGAUGCAGUCCCUGCAGUGCCAGCAGCUGGAGCUGGAGUGCAUCACCUCGCUGGGGGAGGAGAUCCUCAGCACCUGCCACCCCGACUCCGUCAUCACCAUCAAAUCCUGGGUCACGGUCGCCAAGAGCCGCUUCCAGGAGGUGCUGAGCUGGGCGCAGCAGCAGGGCGAGCGGCUGCGGGCGCAGGCGGCGGCGCUGGCGGCCGAGCGGGAGGACACGGAGCAGCUGCUGGAGUGGAUCACGGCGGCCGAGGAGGCGCUGGGGCUGCGCGACCAGGAGCCGCUGCCCGAGGAGGCUGAGCCGCUGGAGGAGCUCAGCGCGCAGCACGCGGUGUUCAUGGAGGAGCUGAACCGCAAGCAGCCUGACGUGGAGAAGGUGACCAAGAGCUGCAAGCGGAAGCUGGCGGUGGACCUGGGCCCCCCGGCCACCCGCCGACUGGCCACACGUCGCCGCAGCGGCGGGAAGGCGCAGGGCACGGCGGCGGCGCCGCUCGGGGCGCUGGAGCCCCAGACGCCGCUGAUGGCGCAGCUCCUGCACCGCUGGCAGCAGCUCUGGCUGCUGGCCCUGGACCGGCAGUACCGGCUGGAGACGGCCCUGCAGCGCCUGCGGGAGCUGGAGGAGUUCGCGCACUUUGACUUCGGGGUGUGGAGGAAGCGCUACAUGCAGUGGAUCAGCCAGAUGAAGUCGCGCGUCCUGGACGUGUUCCGCGGCAUCGACAGGGACCAGGACGGGCGCAUCAGCCAGCGCGAGUUCAUCGAGAGCGUCCUGGCCUCCAAGUUCCCCACCAACGUGCUGGAGAUGAACGCUGUGGCCACCAUCUUCGACAUGAACGGCGACGGCUUCAUCGACUACUACGAGUUCGUCAGCGCCCUGCACCCCAACCGGGACCCGCUGCGCCGCUCUGCUGAUGCUGACCAGAUCCAGGACGAGGUGAACCGGCAAGUGGCCCAGUGCAACUGCGCCAAGCGCUUCCAGGUGGAGCAGAUCAGCGCCAACAGGUACCGGUUCGGGGAGUCCCAGCAGCUGCGGAUGGUGCGGAUCCUGCGCAGCACCCUCAUGGUGCGGGUGGGCGGCGGCUGGAUCGCCCUCGACGAGUUUCUGGUGAAAAACGACCCCUGCAGAGUGAAGGGAAGGACCAACCUGAAGAUCAACGAGAAGUACCUGUCCUCGGACGUGUUCGGAGCCGCCGCCAGGUGCGCCGGGACCCAGUCGGCCGCCUCCUCCAAAGUGCUGUCCCCGAGCCGCUCCAACUCCAGCCUCAGCCUCUACAGCAGCGCCUCGGCCCCCAGCAGCCCCCUGGCCAGGAAGUCGGUGCUGCGGAGGACGCGCUCCGGGGACCGCUGUCCGCGCUCCCGGGGCUCGGGGCUGCCCGACGGAGCCGAGCUGCAGUUCAGCGCGGCUGAGGAGAGCCUGCCUGUGGCACCGCCAGAGCCGCCCGAAGGGUCCCCUCCGGAGCGCUGCAGCCCCUGCCGCUGAGCCCCGCGCCCGCCCUGCGCCCAGCACCCUCGGCCGGCCCCACUC